CCCCCCUCCUCCCCCGCCCCCCGUACGCCUCGACCAUGUCUCACAACAAGGACGACGCGGCCGGCCUCUCGGCGCCGGCCACCGCCGCGAAAACCUCCCGCCUCGCUCCCAUGGGAGUGCUGCGGGCCGACGAGUGCGCCGACCUCCUCCGGCUGGUCUCCGGCGUCUCGCGCCCGCUCGAGGACGCUGUGGCGGACUUCCUCACUCGCGUUCCGCCGGAGCGCCGCCUCCGCUUCGGCUCCGCCGUCAGCUUUGUCCUCGAGGACAAGAUGAUGCUUCUACCUGCAGAGCGUUUAAUUGCAUUUGCAAUUCUCCAUCAAUGUUAUUCCUCACAGUUGGCAAAUCCGUUUGUUCCUCUUUUAAUAAAUGCUGCAUGUGAUGAAACCUCGGUGAUAGCUGAACGUGCAUUUCUCCAACUUUUGUUAAGUUUGGCUAACGGGGACAAUAAUAAGGAGAUUCUGAAGCAGUCUGCUGUAGAUUACUUGAACGGCUGUAAUUGUGAAUCUCAGGUCUUAUUGCCAAGAGAGCAGCUUGAGAAGCAAUACUCCUGCAGUGCUGUACAACCCCAGCCAUACACUAGUAGUUUCAGAAAUGCUACUGUCAGAAGUGCUAUUCCCGACCCAGAUGUUUCUCAAAGCUGCGUUAAUUCAUCAGAGGUGUCACCAGCCAGACCAAAUAGAGAUAAUGUGGUUGCUAGUUUACUUCAACAAACAUCACUUAAAGGAUUGGCUCCUCAAUGGAUACGACCCCCUCCACCAAUACUUGAAAUCCUUGAAGGGGAGUUACAGUGGCUGAACCUAGACAACAACCAUGAGCUACUAUGGGAUGGUAGCAUGUGUGCAGACACUAGCCGAGGGGCUGUAAUUCGAGAUUUGGUUGGACAAGCUAGUAAAGGUCCACUUGCACCUGCCCAACAAGAGCAAAUUGUGAGAGAGUUGGCGAAGGACUGGAAGCUAGUCUAUCAUUGCGGGAUGACACCACAGAAGCUCCCUGACCUUGUUGAACAUAAUCCACAUAUUGCUGUUGAAUUUCUUUCAAAGCUAAUCAACUCUCCGGACAUGGACGCAUACUUUGAUGUUCUCGUCCACAUGGAAAUGAGCCUGCAUUCAAUGGAAGUAGUAAACAGGCUCACUACUGCAGUAGUUCUACCGCCAGGAUUCAUUCAUGACUACAUCUCAAACUGUAUUAGAUCGUGUGAAGACAUUAAGGAUAAAUACAUGCAAAAUAGACUAGUGAGAUUAGUAUGUGUUUUUCUACAGAGUCUCAUUCGAAACAAGAUAAUAAAUGUGCAAGAUCUCUUCGUCGAGGUACAAGCAUUCUGCAUCGCGUUCUCACGAAUAAGAGAAGCGGCUGGGUUGUUCAGGCUCCUCAAAUCUUUAGAAUGAAGGGCAUUGUAUGAUCUGUUGGAGUUCAGUUCAGUUCUCUAAACAAAAUUUUCCAUUGUGUACAUCCAUAGCUCUGUGUUUUCGUGUCGAACUGCUAAUCCGUGAUUGGUACGGACUUUAUAGAUCAUAGCUCUUCUCGGUGUAUUAGUUGUCAUUAAGCUAUCCUCUUCCUCUCAGAAAGACCAGGGAGGUGGGGGGGGGGGGGGGGCGGCGUGCCCCAUAGCUGUUUUCCAGGUUCAGUUCGUUGAAUCAGUCCUGUCGGCGGUGUCGUUGUAUCAUACAAUGCACUAAGCCUGAGAUAUGUGUUCCCAUGGACAUGAUGACAGAUCUGUAUCGUGGCAAAAUUUGUGGGGCAUUCUGUUUUCAUGUAUCAGCCAACAAUGGCAAGCCCCCCCCAAAAUGAAUGAAUGGUCAGACAAUGGCAAGGCAACCAAGAUGGAUUAGUCUGUGAUACUUGCUGCACGUACAUACAUGGAUCUUUUAAUGUUAAAGGAAUAUGGGUGGUUGUUUGAUCAAAUUUCGUUCCUCAAGGUUAUAUA